AUGGAGUCUGAUGAUACGAAGCUUACCCAAGAUGUCGCUGGCACGCGUGCUGAUAGCACGAGUCCGCCUUUGUGCAUGAAGACUGAGGAUUCGUCGCAAAAUGAUAUCUUCGCUCGGCAUCACCGUCUGGUCGGGUGGGUUUUAACAAACAACGGCUACUUCCACCCUGAUGCGCAGAUUGCUUUCAGCUCAAGAAAAGGAUUUCAUGCUCUAGUGGCAAAUGGCAAGACCAUAUCGUCUGGCACACGAAUCGCCGCUUGCCCGAUGCCGUUGACAAUAUCAAUCUUGAAUGCCCUUGACGUGAAACCUUUCUCUUGUCAUGGAACCCACUUUCCUAAACCAUUCCUCGUCGACCAGGCCAGCAAGGCGGAAUCGUUACAGUCGUUCUUUUUGAUGGAACAAUUAGUUCUAGGGGACAAAUCCUGGUGGGCUCCCUACAUUAGUUCGUUGCCUACAGUCGAAGACGUCAACGAAUUACAGUUUAGUGAAGAUUCAGAUCUAGCCUGGCUUGAAGGAACAAAUCUCAAGGGAGGAUACGAAUCACAGUUGAACAAGUGGCAGCAGAUGUACCAACACGGUCUUGAACUCCUUAAGCGAUACCAAUGGCCUCACGCACAUGAUGAGACUUACACUUGGGAAGCUUUCCGAUGGGCUGCUACAAUCUUUGGCAGCCGCUCUUUCACAUCUCAGGUACUUGACGACACAUUGCCGGCGGACCAGGCUCGUCUCGGUCAUCGCAACAAGAAAGAUGGACCAUAUGACCUUGUCAAGCUCUUCACUGAUCGCUUUGGCGUUCUGCUCCCACUCCUUGAUAUUCUCAACCACAAGCCUGGUGUACAGGUGGAAUGGCUCGCCCGAUUCAGUUUUGUCGGCCUUCAGGUCUUGCAGCCCUAUGAGUCGGGGCAGGAGCUCUGUAACAACUACGGGCCUAAAGAUAACGAGGGUCUCCUACUGUCAUACGGUUUCACUUUUCAGGACAAUCCGUUCGACCACCUCGUAAUUAGCAUCAAAGCCCUUCCAGGAUCUCCCCUGGCGGAAGUUCGAAGAUGGAAGAAAGAUCUUCGAUCAGAUCCAGAUUACAGAUGCUUCAUCUUUGACUAUCGACAUCCAACGACAAGAGCUGCAGCUGCCAUAGAGACAUCAGUCUUCUCAUUCGAUCUGCUAGACAGUAUAUCCGUUCUGUGUGCGAACGAACGCGAACAGGGAAUCAUGCAGUCUCACCAACAAACGAUCAUGAGUCGUUUCUUGCCAUUCAACGGAACACCAUGUUUUCAAGACGGCCGACUUAUCCUGGCAACAAUCAGUCAACUCCUUGUCGAAUGCACGGCCCGAGUGGCUCGUCUAAAGUCCACAAAUCCAACACACGCAGAGUUGAAGAUUAGCAAUAUGAAGCAGAAGCAUGCAAAAACAUAUCGCGAUAGCCAACUUCAUAUUGUCGAAACGGCGACAGCCGUUUGCACUUUCGUAUUGAAGAGUGCCGUCCGGGAGUCCAAGGCUAGCGGCAUCUUGGAGGAAAUGCAGCACGAUUUACCGCCGGCCAUUGCGCAGAAUCUGCAGGCACUUGUCGGCUACUAUGCGACACGACUUACACGUCCAUCUGAGCUUCUGACGUUCGAAGGAAUACUGGAUAUGUUGCCCAAGGGCCUGUCAUCGGCGGUGUUGCGAUGCACGAGUGAGCUUGAGGCCAAUCUGAGUACGCAGAAUAGUCAGCCGCCACCCGACAAAGCGACAAUUGACAAGACCAGAUUUGCCAUAGUACUAUCCGCAUUGUACAGUGAGUUAGACCAAGGGGUACAACUUCCGCAUCGCGCAAAGUCAUGGCUUGAUCAGCUGUCGCAAUGGUACCCUCUGGAUGCAGAUUCAUGGGCGUACGUCCCCAGUCUCGAGGAUGAACCACCACCCGCGUUGAUGAGUCUACUAGCAGCGCGAGUAAGUAUGUCUCCUAAAAUCUCAACAGACUCCAGUACGAAGCAGUGGUUGCGCCCCGAUAGGGUUUGCUGGGGCUGGAACGUGAUGGAGGAGCAAGUUGUCCGUGUUCCUACCCGUGUCCUGCAGCCUUGUGGUGAACCAGUCACGCUCGAAGAUGGGCCCGUUACUAUCAUGCUCUACUGGCAGCAAUACUGA